UGGACUUCAUCCCCCCCCCCCACACAAAGGAUUGCCAUUAGCAGGAUCACAGACACUUCUUUGCAUAAUCACAGCGGCAUUUCUGCUUGUCAUUUCAAAUGACUGUCGGUAGAGAAUUUAACAUUGUAUAUAUUUAUGUUAUAAAGUAGGUGUGCUGUAUGUUCAUGUUAUCUAGCACACAUAAAAAUGUAACCAAUCGCCUGUUUCUUACUGCGGACCUAAGAGAGAAGACCCAAAGAUAUGAAAUGUAGUGGCCAUGGCUGUAAACUGGUGUACAAGAAUUGUCGUAGAGUUUUUGGGUGCAAUUCUCCAAGUACAAUUAGAAUGAUCAAGUCAAGGAGGAUGAGGUGGGCAGGUCAUAAGUAAGUAAUUCAAAUUCUCAUCCCUAAUAUGUGGACAGGUGUUCCAGGUGUGCUGCACAAACUCACCAUGGACACCGCAUUCUUCACAGGCAAUUACGCAACUCGCUUCUCUCUGCAAGCUGCCAACCUUACACCAGAAGUUAAGUUCCUUGCAUAUGCAAAUGCCAAAUUCAAAGGAAAUGAGUGAUUGUGAGUCCCACAUAGCAGGCCUGUAACGGCACGCCGCUGGAUGAAGCACGGUUUUGUGGCAAUCAAGGAACCAGACAUGUGUAACAGAGGGUGGCAUCACAGAGUUGUGUUCUAACAAUCUGUGCUGUUUAUUUGACUGCAAAUGUAGGAAUUACAUGAUAUCACAACACAAGAGGAGUCUCUGACAUUGCCAUAAAAUUUAUGAGCACACGAAGCACGUUAAUAUUGCGGGCCAGGUAUAAGAAUUUACCUGUUUCAAUAUGUUGUCUAUUUCUCUUCCAGAGGAGGCAGAAAUCCCGCAUUGGAAGAGUAAGCUUGGAGGUGCUGCCACUCCCGAGAUGCUCAAGCAAAUAUCUGGACUACAGUCUCAAGACUGGGAAGUGCUGGUUCCAAUGACGAAGCUCCAUGCAGGGCAUGAGGACACUCGGUACAACUACCACGCCAUAGACAACAGGGGAUCCUGGACUCAUGUUCGCCUUAACAUCUACCCUGAUGGUGGCAUUGCAAGACUGAGGUUGUACGGUGAGGCACGCCCAAACUGGAAAGAUGUGAGCCCUGAUGAGCCUACAGAUCUCAUAGCAAUGGUUAACGGCGGUACAUGCCUGGGGUAUAGCGAUGCUCAUUACGGGCACCCAAGAAACAUCAUACGCCCAGGACGAGGCGUCAACAUGGCUGAUGGCUGGGAGACAGCAAGACAGCUGGACAGGCCGAGUAUAUUAGAAGCUGACAGUGAUGGAAUGCUGCAAAUGCCAGGCUGCGAGUGGGCGGUGUUUCAGCUUGGCCAUUGUGGCUACAUCACGCACAUUGAAGUUGACACAUACCACUUCAAAGGAAACUAUCCUGACUCAAUUCGCAUUGAAGGAACCACAGAAAAGCCACAUGGAGACUGGGGACAGGCAACAUGGUACACCCUGCUUCCACCUCAGAAGCUGUGCCCUCAUACGCAACAUUUCUACAGCGAGAAGAAUCUGGAAACAACGGGGUCGUUCAUGUACAUCCGGGUGACAAUAGCCCCUGAUGGGGGUAUCAGUCGUCUCAGGCUCUGGGGCUACCGCCACAACAGCACAUAACAGCAUUAUGAGGGGCUGUGAGGCUAACUGUAAUCCUGCUAGGUUGGGGCACGCUACAAGCCCCGAGAAAUUAAAUUGUCUAAAAAAUGAGUAAAAAUAUUGCUUUCUCAGUAGUUUCCUGAAAGUUGUAUGAGGUGUUAACAAAUUAGCACUCUAUACUGACAAGAUGUAUGCUAACAUUGGCAAGAUAAGCGUCACUUUAGCAUGAACCUGAAAUGGCAGUCAUGUAUUAAUGGGUGACCCAAGAAAAUAUAAAAAGUUACAGCCAUGUUGUCUGCCAUAUUAGCACUGCCAGACUGGUUUCUUGCUUGGCUUACUCCUCAGCCCUGAAGAUGGAGGGAAGCUGUUCCUCCAGUUUCAUCAGACUACACAAAAUUAUCUGUCAGAGGACAGAUUUCUUAAUGUGAGAGUACUUAAGCAGUAGCAGGUAACCCAAGUUUUCAUGCAGAACAAAAGGAUGGAUACUGUUUGAACAAGUCCACAAGGUUAAGCUUUCUGUUUUAGUUUUCAAAAAUGAAAUAUCUAAACCCUUGAAAGGUCAGGCUCUGGGUUUUGUUUCUUAUAAAUAAAUUUCUAUGGCUGGCAGGGAUACGGUAGGAGACAACAUGGUGUUGAAAUGUUAGUUACCUGUCACCCACUGACACACACGUACCCCAAAUUUUCUUCUUACUUACUGCAGCAAACACACACACAGUGCCCCAUCCUGAUGAAUUUGUGCUCCAUGUACCGAGCCCCUAACCCGCCACUGAGGUCACUUUGUACCUGCAGUUGCUAGACCUUAAUGAAACAAGCAGACAGAGAAGAUCAGUUGGGCUAAACUGUAAAGGAAAGGGAUCUAUUGGAUGUCCCAGAAGAAGAUGGUUUCACUAAGAACUAGAAGAGAGCAAAGGUGAGGGGAAACAGUGGACAGAAAAUCAGAAAGGAAAGAUCAUGGGAACUGAGAAGAGAGUGCAGACUUUUCAUCCAGGAGUCCAUGCAAAACAGAAACAAUGCUACAAGAUGUAGAGGUCACGUUAUGUAAGUCGUCCCGACUCACUUUAAUCUUAACAUAGCUAUAAGUGUCAUGGUUAUCGUUACCAGACACAAGGCAUACUUGUAGAGGGUACCUACAAAUAUGUUGAAGAAGCUGACAGGGGGCAGUCCUUCAGUUGGGACUUAAGAGUGGAUUCACGUGGCUCAAGAGAGAGUCUGCUGGGGGGCUCUUGUGAACACAGGAAUGAACCUUAGAUUCCAUAAAUGGUGAGGAAUUUCAUGACUAGAUGAGCGAGUAUUGUCUUCUCAAGGACUUGGACCCAAAACAUUUUCAUCCCACAACGCAGUGGUUUCCAAAGUGUGGGGGUGCAACCCCCUGGGUGAUGGUCAACUAUUUGGUCCUAUCAGAUAUUCUGGAAAAGUGAUAUAUAUAGCAGUACUGAACUGAUGAUAACUAUGUUGGGGAUUGAUUGUUUAAUUUCUAGCAUUUGCAAAAUAUUUAUAAAUAUUAAUUAAUAAAGACCCAGAAUGUGUUAAUGUUAAAAACAUGCAUAUUGAAGGAAACCACUCUCCACAUAGGAAGUUAAGAAGGGGCACACAAUGAAAUUUUUGCUACGCUUGGGGGGUUGCAAUUAUGCACAGCUUGGAAUUCACUGACUUUGCAUU